AUGGCAUCUAUUUCACAACAACAGGCUAGUUACGGAUCAAACAGCAAUGGGGUGUACAUGGGAUCAGGGUCAGGAGCCGGGGCAGACGAUUGGUUUGUAGCACCGGCUACGCAGGAUGUGUGGCUGGAUAAGACCGGUAAAGAGCUGGAGGGGCACGCAUGGACUUCGGAUUCGUCUUCUGUGUACUCUCUUUCGCCCUCUGACCAGUACAGGGCGAUGUUUGACUCGGACCUGCUUUUGAACAAUACAGAGACGUUGGACUCGUCGACGACGUUCACGAUGAGCAACAACGUUUCUACGGACAAUUCGCCGCUAAUGACGGCGAUCAACCCGGACAACGGGUUCGAUCUCAUCAAGAACGAGUUCACACAGCUGCCCGUGGCAGAGGCUCCAGUACAAGUGCCAGCCCCAGCCCCAGCCCCAGCCCCAGCUCCAGUCGUCUCGGUCAAGGAAGAACCUCAACCAGAGUCGUCAUCGCUCGAAGCAGUCGCUAUCGAAGACAAAAAGACCCAGAAGAAACGUGCUACUGCUACUACCACGGGCCAGAAAACCCAAAACAGAAAACGCUGCUCCAGAAAGAGACUGACCGCAGACCAAAGGGAAACUCACAACAUGAUCGAAAAAAGAUAUAGAAUCAAUAUCAACACAAAGAUCGGUAAACUACAGAAAAUCAUCCCAUGGGUCGCUUGCGAAGACACCGCUUUCGUAGUCGACAACAAAGUGCUGAAUAACGGCGAGGAAAACGUGCCGGUAAAAAGCAUGAAACUGAACAAGAGCAUGAUUCUCGAAAAAGCCGUCGACUACAUUCUUUAUCUACAGAACAACGAAAGACUCUUUGAAUUGGAGGUCCAAAGGCUCAGGAAGGAAAUUAACGAGCUAAAGGCUGGCCAGGCCCAAGCGCAAGGCCAGGUGCUGGAGCAAUAA